UGCCAGGUCCCAGGAAGACAGUGGCCCUGGCCCAGGCCUCAAUCUCCAUCCCACCCCAGACUUUCCAGGAGGAGCUCGCCCAGUUCCGGGAACGGCUGGACGCCCACAGGGGCCCCGUGAGCUGUGCCCUUGUGGCCCUGAUGGCCCAUGGGGGGCCUCAGGGGCAGCUGCUGGGGGCUGACGGGCAAGAGGUGCAGCCAGAGGCACUGGUGCAGGAACUGAGCUGCUGCGGGGUCCUGCAGGGCCGCCCCAAGAUCUUCCUGCUUCAGGCUUGCCGUGGGGGGCACAGGGACACUGGCGUGGGGCCCACAGCUCUCCCCUGGUUCUGGCGCUGGCUGCAGGCACGACCAGCCACCCCCUCCCACGCUGAUGUCCUCCAGAUCUAUGCCCAUGCCCAAGGCAGCUCCUCCAGGGGCUCCACUCCAGGGGGCCCCGACCAAGCAGACAUCCUGACAGUCUACGCAGCCACCGAGGGCUGUGUAGCCUAUCGGGAUGAGAAGGGCUCAGACUUUAUCCAGACACUGGUGGAGGUGCUCAGAACUGACCCCACGGGAGAUCUCCUGGAGCUGCUGACUGAGGUGAACCGGCGGGUGUGUGAGCUGGACGUGCUGGGUCCCGACUCCGACGAGCGCCGCAAGGCCUGCCUGGAGAUCCGCAGCUCGCUGAGGCGCCGGCUCUGCCUGCAGGCCUGACUGCGCCCGAGGCACCCAAAUGGUGCUGAC